AUUGCCCAAAUGCAAGAGAGUAGCCGACGGAAUCGCUCGAGGCGAAACCAAAUGCUACACGUUUCUUCGCCUGUAUCGGUCGCCGUCACGACAGCGGCCGCCGCGAUCCAUAAUUGAUAUCCAGUUAUCUUGCUAGAUUUCCCACCACUUCUUUUCCAGUAAUCUUUUCAAAUUGACCGCAAUAAGGUCAUGGUAGUUGACUCUUCUUCGUGUCUCGAUAAGAACUGCCAGAUAAGCGAAGAUCACUCCACCUAGUAAGUGUUCUCUGCUCUCUCAUCCAUCGCGGAGUAAGCCAAGUCCGCAAGAAGAUGACAGCGUCAGAAAAGGCUCAAAUUUUGUGCCGCGUUUUACUUCCCUUGUGAUUUUUUUUUCUUCAUCUGUUUUUUCGUGGAAGCCGUCGCUCGCCCAUUCCGUGGCUUACCUUCGCCUUGGUUUCUCUUAUAUCGACUACUUCUUCCGAGUUCCGCCUGCCAAUUAUUGUGAGAGAUUCCAUUUCCAGAUCCCGGAGGAAACCGCAGAGACCUGCUUUUUGAUCUAUUCUUUGAGAUUCCUUUUUCCGAGGAAAGAAGAGAGAACCAAGUUCUUUCCUUUUCCUUGCUGGUUUUUGAUUCGGUUCUGUGCCGUUGCAGCAAAAAAAAGUUUUUUUUUUUUUGGGGGAAAGAUUGCAAGUUGUUCACAGCGACAUACCCCGCCCUACUAUUGUGUUGUUUUUCUUUCCCUACUUCUCGGUUUGUUUUCUGGAGAAUUCUUGCGUCUCUUCCGUGAAUGGAGGCGACGGAGCGGACAGCGAGGCGACGGCGUUAGGGACCGCUUCGUCUCUCCCGUGUGCAACCGAGCCAGCUGCCUCUCUCGGUCAGAGGAGCUCAGGGUUGGUGGAUCCGAUGGCGGCGGACAGGGAGGCGACGGCGUUAGGGACCGCUGCGUCCGCCAGCAGUUGCUGCCUCCAGAAGUUUAGGCUUUACGAGACUCAUAUGAAAUUCUACAUGGUAGGUAGCAAUAACAACAAAACACAAUGGAGGGUGUUAAUAAUUGAUAGGCUAGAACCCUCUGAGCUGAACAUUCGUGAGGACCCGACAACAUACUCUACUGUUGAAUGUAAUGACUUGCUGAAGCGAGUACAUGAGGGCAACAUAGCAACAGGUGGAUUAAAAUUUGUGACCAAAUUUUAUGGUAUUGCGGGAUUUGUCAAGUUCCUUAGCCCCUACUACAUGCUUCUCAUUACCAAGAGAAGGAAGAUUGGCAACAUUUAUGGUCAUGCUGUAUAUGGUGUCUCCAAAAGCGAAAUGAUUAUCAUUCCAAAUUCUACUGUGCAAUCUGCUGUGACCUAUUCUAAGGAUGAAAACAGAUACAAGAAGCUACUCUGCACUGUGGAUCUCACGAAGGACUUCUUCUUCAGUUACUCGUACAAUAUAAUGCGUAGUCUUCAGAAGAACCUAUAUGAUGGCAUCACAGGACAAGUUCUGUAUGAAACAAUGUUUGUUUGGAAUGAGUUCUUGACACGUGGUGUCCGUAUGCUUCUCAAAAAUACUACAUGGACAGUUGCACUAAUUCAUGGUUUUUUUAAGCAGGUUAGGCUCUCAGCCUGUGGCAAAAAUUUUAAGUUUACACUCAUUGCUAGGCGUUCACGCCAUUUUGCAGGCACCAGGUACCUAAAACGUGGUGUCAACGAGAAGGGUAGAGUUGCCAAUGAUGUUGAGACAGAACAGAUUGUAUGUGAAGAUACUAUUGAAGAGAUGCCAUCAGAAAUAACUUCAGUUGUUCAGAAUCGAGGUUCAAUACCACUUUUCUGGUCCCAAGAAACUUCAAAGCUAAACAUUAGGCCUGAUAUUGUCUUGCACAAGAAGGACCAGAACUUUGAAGCUACUAGACUUCACUUUGAAAAUCUUGUGAAGAGAUAUGGAAACCCUAUUAUUAUUUUGAAUUUGAUUAAGUCAUGUGAGAAGAAGCCACGGGAAUCUUUGCUUCGUGCAGCAUUCAGUAAUGCAAUUGAUCUUAUAAACAAAGAUUUACCAGGCAAAAAGCGCUUGAAAUUCUUGCAUUGGGAUAUACAAAAACAAUCUAGAAGGAAAGGUGAAAAUGUGCUGGAAAUGUUAGGAAAAGUGGCAGAUUAUGCCUUAAAUCUAACUGGAAUUUUUUAUUGCCAAUUACCACCAUCCUUGAAAUUUCAAGAUGUUGAUCUGCCGACAGAUAUUGGGGUAUCAGUUGCCAUUGGUUCUUAUGGCAGUUCCUGGAGAGAUGAAGGGCAGAACUCAGAUAUAUCUCAAAGUGAAUACUCUGGGGACAGAACCGAGCACGAUGUUGAUAAUUCAGCCAAUGAAAUACAUAACCAUACUACUUCUCAUAAUGACUAUUCUGCAGAUGAAUUUGAGUGCAAAGUCAACUUGGCAAAUCCACCAAGGCUUCAAAGUGGCGUCCUUAGAACAAAUUGUAUUGAUUGCUUGGAUCGAACAAAUGUUGCACAAUAUGCCUAUGGUUUGGCUGCACUUGGUCAGCAGCUUCACGCCUUGGGAUAUAUAGAUGUUCCAAAAGUUGAUCCAGACUCCCCUUUAGCGGAUGAUAUGAUGGAUAUCUAUGAAAGAAUGGGGGACACACUUUCUCUACAGUAUGGAGGUUCUGCUGCUCACAACAAGAUAUUUUCUGAAAGAAGAGGUCAAUGGAAGGCUGCAACCCAGUCUCAGGAGUUAUUGAGGACAAUACAACGAUAUUAUAGAAAUGCCUAUAUGGAUGCAGAGAAGCAAGAUGCUAUUAACUUGUUCCUGGGUCAUUUCCAACCCCACCAGGGUAAACCAGCACUUUGGGAGCUGAGUUCUGAUCAACAUUACAGUACUGGAAGGCACAAUGCACGUUCUCAUGAGAAUGCAAGGUCAUUUAUUAAGAGAUCUCUGUCAGAUGGCAAUAUUCUUUGUGAUAGCGAAAUACCCAUGUCUAUCUGUGAUCCUGGAUCAAAUGAAGCUGCUGCUUCAGCAUUCCCUAAGAUAAUACAACAAGAUUCAGUUGCCAAGGGUCUUUGUGAUUCCACACCUGAAAUUUCAACUCGUGAUAAUGAUAUUCAAUAUUACAGUUACAUGCCGACAUUUCCUAGGAGGCAAAUAGUUUCAGAUAAUGGGCACAUAUGCUUCAGCAAACAUAGAUUCAAUGACUCCAACUGUUCGAACUUCCUUGACUUCGAUUGGCUUUCGUCAUCAGGCAAUUCAUGUGAAGAUGAAGGCUCUGAAAGGUCCUCUAUCAUUAACUCACCAAUGACAAAUGUUUCCACUGAAAAUGUUCUUGAAGGAGAUGAGGGAAUUAGCAGUUUAAAUAUAGAGGGUGCCAGCAUUGAGGUGGUUGAAACACAAGGCAGACAAGCAUCGGAAAACUCCAAUGCUGGUGAAUUUUCUGAUAGAUUUGCUCACUGGGUUGCUUAUGGAGGGACGCUAUGCUAUUGAUGACGAUGCGCAUCGUCAAGCAAAUCAAUCUCAGCAUUCCACUGUAAUGUCCGAUCUGCACUAGUUAGAAUAAGUUUUCAACUUUUUGUGUUUUUUUCAGAAGAAAUAUAAUUAGUAUGUAUCUUGGGUACGUAGAUGCAAUUCUUUCCGGGCUAAGCUCUGUUUGUUUGUAUGUAAAUAUCGACACCAAGAAGAAUGCAAUAAUAAUUACUUGUAAAUUA